UCCCGUAAUAUCAACGAUAAAUGGACGCGCUGAUCCGACUCUUAUCUAAUGGAUGUACCAGGGGUCCGUCACAUACAGUGUUAUUUAUUUACCAAGGAAGUAGCUAAGCUAACCGGGCUAGAGAGCGUGGGAAAAACAUGAACGGACCUGCGCUUUUAGAUUAGACCGUAAUUCAUGUAAUUGCUGUGUGUUAUUCGUGUGAAAACAAUAAAACAGUACGCGGCUAAUAUGAUGGAGACGACCGGUGUGUGCGGGAUGGAAGCAGCCACACGUGGCUUGGUCGAGGGUAGCAGUUCCCCUCCAGCUAGUGUGACCCCUUCUCAAGGUGAGUUUGGCGGUCUGAUUAAAACCUGCUGCAACGAAGCAGUAAGAGGAGAGACCCCCGGUAGAGAAGAUUGCCGGCUUGACCCCCUCGAAGGAGAACUGGACUCGAGCAGCGAUCAGAACAAGGACAAAAAUAUGUUUGGAAAAGAGGUGCUGUUACUGAUGCAAGCUCUUCACACUUUAGUCACACCAGAGGAGAAACUUGCUGCUCUUUGCAAAAAGUAUGCUGACCUGCUAGAAGACAGCCGCAACAUACAGAAGCAAGUAAAGGUUAUGCAGAAGAAGCAGACGCAGGUCCUGAAAGAGAAGAUCCAUCUUCAGAGCGAACACAGCAAGGCUAUUCUGGCUCGCAGCAAGCUGGAAAGCCUUUGCAGGGAACUACAGCGACACAACAAGACCCUGAAGGAGGAGAAUGCACAGCGCUUCAGAGAAUACGAAGAGAGGCGCAAGGAGGCCACGCUUCAUUUUCAGAUGACCCUUAACGAGAUUGAAACGCAGAUGGAGCAGCACAACUUCCACAACACCAAGCUGAGGCAGGAGAACAUGGAGCUGGCUGAGAAACUCAAGAAGCUCAUUGAGCAGUAUGAGCUACGGGAGGAGCACAUCGAUAAGGUGUUCAAGCACAAGGAGCUACAGCAGCAGCUGGUGGAUGCAAACCUUCAGCGGACGGCUGAGCUGAUCAGAGAGGUGGAAGAGAAGCAACAGAGGGAGCGAGAACGUCUCCUGAAAGAUGCCACAGAAUCGAGACACAAAUGUGAGCUGAUGAAGGAGCAGGAGCUUCAGCUGAAGCAGCAGCUUACUCUUUACAUGGACAAAUUCGAAGAGUUCCAGACGACCCUCGCCAAGAGCAACGAAGUGUUCACCUCCUUCAGACAGGAAAUGGAGAAGAUGACCAAGAAAAUCAAGAAGCUGGAGAAGGAGACCACUCUUUGGAGGACCAAAUGGGAGACUAACAACCAGACCCUACUGCAGAUGGCUGAAGAGAAAACGGUGCGAGACAAACAGUACAAGGCUCUCCAAGGGAAACUGGAGCGUCUGGAAAAGCUGUGCAGAGCCCUGCAGAAGGAACGCAACGAUCUGAGCCAGAAGCUCGGAGCCCUCCAGGGCCCAGCAAAAGAUCCACAAGAGGAAGGGACGGGGCCUCCGGAUCCCCAACCAGAAGAAGCUCUCCUCCCGCCUGUGAAUGUAGUGACGGAUGUAGAAGUAGCGAGAGAAAUGGAAUGUUUGCUCCCUGAGACAGAGAGGACGACGCAACAACCGCACACCAAGGAAUCAACCAGAGAGCAUCUUAAUAAUGACUGAGCCAGACCCUUUUGAGGGACGAUGAAUUUUUUUUGUGGAGGUAUAUAUUUUUGUGUAAUAGUCAAUAAUUAAAGCAAACAAACAUCAUUAGUAUGAAAACGGCUCUGUACACCGGUGAUUGGCUUUGUGAUGAGCACUUUCUACUCGCCUUUUUCUAUGUGUAUUUUUUAUUUUUUACCCUUAGGAAACGAGUGAUGCGGUCUGACCGUGGCUGUUUUUAGGUUUUGUGUAGGUUCCACCAAACCCCGACCCCCCGCUAACACGUGCUCCGUUUUUUUUUUUUUCGAUCAAAUGUAAGCUCUCGGACCUGCCGUCUAAGGUCGAAAUAAAUGCUUUUCGAAUGUAGUGAUAUCCUGAAUAAGUGAUAACCUUCUGUAGUUAACUAAUUAACUGUGCAGUCAGGUUUAAACGGAUGGUUCACCCCGAACGACAACACAAAGAUCUGAGUUGUUAUUCCAUUUAAUUACACAUUUAAAAUCUUAAAUUCCUGGUUCGAUAUUAUAUUUUUUCCCCUGUAUCUUUUCUGAUGUGGGAUCCUCAGAAUUAAGGGCUACGUUUGAUUUAUCAGGGCUGCUAUUGAACACAAUGGGAUUGGUUCGUUCAUUGACAUUCCCAAUAAGACUUGUUUACAUAGACAUCUAAGGUACAGUCAAUUUUUUUGCAGAAAUGAUUGAAUGUUCCCUAUUUAGAUAAAAAAAAAUAUAUAAAAGCAUCUAGACACAUUGAGAAAUAAAAACGGACCACCUCGAGCUUCCGAAUGCUUCGUAAGUUUGAUCAAAUAUAUAGGGCGAAAAAUCUUCGGUUUAAUCGUCCAAAUAAAUGCAAUGGUGAAAACCUUAAUUUUUAUAUUUUUUUAGUUCAUAGAAUGUGAAAUGCUGUGCAGCUGUUUGAGAAAUUUCAUUCUCUGUUAAUGAAACCGUCAGUAUGAAUGCUUUGCUCUAGCUGUCUUUAGUGAGGCGCUCGGCGUUAUAUCCCGGGAAUCCGCUCACCGUUGCUCUCAAAAGAGGCCUUGAUAUCUUUGAUACUUGCUCAGAAACAAUGAAUGUUUUAUGCCCCUCUUCCCCCAGAAGCAGCUGUUUGGAUGAUAAAAUGUGAACACGGUCGCACUUAAUCACACUAUGUGAAAGUCUCAUGGUGGAAUUAUGCGAAGUUUAUACGACAAGUGGGCUUUAACUUUCAUACGGUCGCUAAAGGGGAAGACAGGGUGAUUAAGAAUGUCCCCUCAGGUUUAUAUAGAGCCACACACACCAACAUUCCAAUACUUUUACACAUUACUUGUUAACUGGAUCCCUUUUUAUCUGCACACAUGACCACUGUAAAAACUAAGAAGGGCAACUUGAGCCAUCCAGCCAUUAAAAUAAAAACUAGAAAACCCCACACAUGAAGCGCUGAGAAUAAAUCUAAAGCAGCUGGACCCCCAUCAGCCUCAGAGGUUAGGAAAGAUUUUGUUACACCACUGACUGAUCAUUUUGCUUGAAUUUGUUCUAUUUGUUUUAAGAUAAAAUGUUCCUGGUUUGUAUGUUCUGACUCCUAAUUUAUAACCCAGCACAUUACAAGGUUGAGAGUGUAAUUGUAGGGUUUGGUGUUCUGGUACUGUUCCCAGUUUCUCAUUGACUUUGCUGUUGCCCCAGUUUGAAUCUCAGGUUAUGCAAGAAAUCUACCUCCACAGGCAAAACCAACUGUGAAAGAGGCUAAAGGCAGCGAUUUGCUAUGUUUGUCGACCCAACCACUCCCCCCCCAAUAACCUACGCAGUGUCCCGUUCCGAGACCGAACGCUAUUGUAGCCAUGUUUUACUUUUCAAUAAAAUGUUUUGUAGAUUU